AUGGACGGUGGUCCGUUCGACGAUCCAAUCUUUUCCGACUUUGGUGGUCGAGGUGGAACCGGAGUUCACAGUAUUCAAGUGAUGCUAGGUUUGCACGGUGGACAUCAUGGAAAUGACUUGAUGCCGACCGGUGGACAUCUUCAUAAGUUGGACUCUUCGAAUAGUCCACCGCCUCAUCAUCAAACGGCUCAUCAUCAUAUGCAGCAACAGCAACAGCAGCAACAGCAGCAACAGCAACAACAGCAACAGCAACAGCAGCAGCAACAACAACAACAACAAAAAGAAUUAAAGGAAUUAGAAUUAGCUGGUAUGUACGCGCCGUUACCUCAAACUCCAGAUGUAACAACCUCGACGACGACCACAGCAACGCCUACGUCUACAACGUUGCAACAAGGUCUUCAACUUGGUAAUUCUCUAAAGAGGAAACCAGACGAUCCUAUGAAUCCUCUUGCACCAGUGACCGGCGAAACGCAAUCGGCUAAAAAGGACUCGAAAAAGAAGACCGAUAAUAAUGGAAUCAAAAAGAAAAAAACCAGAACUACCUUUACGGCAUACCAAUUGGAAGAAUUGGAAAGGGCGUUCGAACGUGCACCUUAUCCUGAUGUUUUUGCUCGUGAAGAAUUAGCUUUAAAGUUAGCACUUUCGGAAUCUCGAGUACAAGUCUGGUUUCAGAAUCGACGCGCAAAAUGGCGGAAAAGGGAACCGCCGCGAAAAACUGCCGGUUACAUGGCCGCUGGUUCUGCUAGUCCUGGUCUCUCAGGUUCAUUCACGUCUUUGAACAACACGUUGAAUCCAUUUGCAUCUCCAGCGACGGCAGCAGCGCCACCCGACGCUUGGACAUACACUCCGGCUUACGAUUUGGCGCCACACUUGAAUCUUUUGAGUCCUUCUAACUCGCCAUAUACGACGUCUUUUGGUGGUCCUAGUAAUAAUGGAUCAGCAUAUUCUUAUGCCACGAUGUUGCCUCAACACGAUGCUUCCUUAUUUUCCGCACCUUCCAGCAAUACGAUGCGUGUUCAUCAGGAUUACAUGAAUGCUAGUAAUAGUCCGCCACCACCAUUAACACGUAACGAUUAUCAGACAAUGGUUACUACUACUCAUUCACCUCCUACUCAUCUUGGUGGUUCCAUGUCUGAGGAUGAACAUCAACAAAAUAAACAGUUGGAUUACGUAAGUGGUCUCAGUCCAGCAGAUAAGUAUCAGCACGAUCAAGCUGAUUAUUCGCAGCAACAGCAACAGCAACAGCACGAUCAGAAACAGGAAUAUGGUAUGCAUUCACCUCAAGGACGUCAAAGUAUAAAGGAUCAGGUGAUGGUCAAAAGCGAACCAAACAGUCAACAAAGUUACGUGCAGUUGCCUCCUUUUCUCAACUGACUCGAAAGCCAAUUUCUAGAUUUCUUCUAGAUGGCUUCUAUCGUUACUACUCGACUUUACCGUGUGAAUCCUUAUCUCUAAAAUCUCAAGACGAUCAUGAUUCUUCCUCCUUAAUGUGACUUUCUUCAUUUUUUAUUACCCAGAAUUUUAAUUUAGGGGGUUAUUCCAAUUCAACGAUACGAGAUAGCUUUUAUGUACACGGAAGGUGUUAAACUUUUUACAUUUUUCUUUUUUGUUUCUAUUUUUUUUUUUUCAAACUUAUUCAUACUAUGCAAAUUAAUAUUGUUAGUCCAUUAAGAUAUUGUGCUUUAUAUGAUAUAUGUAUGUAUAGCAAGUUAAUCAGCGUGUUUCUUCGUGAUAUACGAUUUGAAUGCUAAAAAUGAAUGAUUAUUAAAAAAUUAAUUUUAAUUAGCAAAUUUAUUUGCUUCAAUAUAUAAAAAUAAAAAUUAUUAUUAUUA